UAACUGCCUGAAGAGGUUUUCGGUUAACAGGUCUGCCUUAUCAAAAGUGAACUGUUGGAAUUUCUUAAUGUAUUUGAGACCUGGUUUGAGACCAAUGUUGCUGCAGCAAAGAAGCAUUCACCUACGUAAAGAGAAACAGCAACAGUCCAUUAUUACCAAAAUCAUGAAGUUCAGUCUGAAAUUUGAAAGUUUCUUCAAGCAUAGUCAUAAAAACCAUUAAAGCGAUAUUGAAACUGGUUCCCAUGCAGACUGCCCGAGGAAAGGAAGACCAAGAGAGGGAACUUCAUCAGAGUCACAGAUUUUACCAAUUAGUUUAUAUGUAGUAAAACUGGUGGCGGCGCGCACGGUCGCAGCGUCUUUGCUCUCCCCGUCCAAAAUUUCGUUGUGCCUAUGUCCAAUGACAAUAAAGGGAUUUGAUUUGGUUUCUUGAAGACCAGUGUGUUUAAUCCAGAGAUUAUUAGACGUUGUAUGUGACAUGCAUUUCUGCAGUGUCAUACAACCCAUAUUAAACUAAACUUAAAGUUCUGCUUUUUGGUAUUCCAGACUACAGUUGAUUGUCUUUGCCACCAGAGGUCACUGUCAGAUCAGCCUUCCUGCUGUGAGCAGCGCUGGACUUGGUUCAUGUGGAGGUGGUGUUUGCCUUAUGAGCUCAUGUUUGUUGUAGACUAGACUGAUCCUUGGGUUAAUGAAAUAAGCUGUGCCAAGGACCAGGUAUUGGUGUGUCACAGACAGUGAUGUCUGGCUGUCAAUACAGUGGUGGGUAUUAAGUCCAGACUGGUGGGUGGUGAUAUCCAUGUUGUGUGACAGCUAAAUUUAAUAAAGUCCUUCCUCCUUUCUUCAUCUGUAAAAUCAAGUGUCCUUCAGUCCUGUGUGAAUGACCUCACCUGGGAUGACAGAGCAGGGCUGAGAGCCACACAUCUGUGCUCCAUUAGUUUCUCUGCUGUGAUGGACAACCAUCGACCUUUCUGAGGUCUGUUACUCGCCCUUGACAGAGAUUAUAACCUGUCUUGCUCAUCUCCAGCUAACACCACAGCCCUGUCUCCACCCAGCAACACAGCAAUGUCAUUCAGGUUACCCAAGCGGUUGCCGUGGUUACCCUGAAACUUGCAACAAGCUGCCUAGAACUACGCCCUGCUUGGGUUGCCAUAGUAACAUAAUGGCUGACCUUGGAGGUGUGUGACAUCCUACUGUUAGUGGAGGUUGAAGGUUGCAUAGAUUGUUUGAAUUUGUGUCAGGGAUGAGGAAUGUUCAGUGAAUGACCAAUUCCCUUUAUUGAUUGUUACUCUACCUCCUUUCUUUCUUUCUUUUCCCCUCCUGCACUGCCCUUCCCCUUUCUGUUCCUCUUUCUUUUUUCCCUUCCUGCCCCCCUCCUCUCUCCCUGGAGAGAGUUGAUACAGACAGUCAGCUGGUCCCUCCUCCUCCUCUCCCAUCUCCCCCUCCUCCCGCUAGAUCUCUCCCACCACCUCCUCCUCACUCCACCCUUCGGCUCACUGACAGGAAGCAGGAGGCAACCUUGCUUCGUCCUAGAUGAGUGAGAGCUGAGCACAAGCUGUGUGUGAAUGUGUUCUCAGUUCUGUGUUCACAGGAGGAUGUGGAGGGGUGUGUAUAGUGUAAAUGUAGACUUCAUUUUUAUCUGUGUACUAGAUACUGUGUGUAUGUGUGUGUGUGUGUGUGUUUCCUGAAAAUCAUUUGGUCAUUGACAGCCAUGUGGUACCAGCAUCUUGUGUGAGCGAGUGUAUCUGUGAGAGAAAGAAACAGCUCGGGGAUCACUGUGAAUAUGAAUAGAGGGCAACACAGCUGAGCUGUCUUUAUCUCUACUUGCUCUCUCUCCCUUUUUCAUCUCCCUCUUUUUUCCCGUCUCUCUCUCCUCAUUUGUGUUUGCAUAGUAGACGAAAGCGGUGUGGACUAGAAAUGUGUGUGCUCACGAAUGUUUGGAGAAGAGGAUAGCGCGUGUGUGUGUAUGUGUGUUAAUGGUGGAGUGUACUAUGUGAGGCAGUGUGUACUUUGGAGAGAUAUCAGCAGAGAGGAGUAGAACAGGGGAUCCAGAUGUGGGUCCGUCAGUCAGUCAAUCAGGAUGGUGCAGCGCUUCAGUCUUCGUAGGCAGUACUCUAAGAUUGACCGGCUGGAGGUGAGCGGAUUGGGACAAACACCCCUGGCUGUUUCAUGUGGGGCGGACAGUUCAUUUCCAGGGGGUGAGGAUGGCACGCCAGACCCUCAGCGCACCAAGCAGGCUAUCGCUCAGCUGCAGCAGAAAAUCCUCAAGCUCACGGAGCAGAUUAAGAUCGAACAGACAGCCAGGGAUGACAACGUUGCAGAAUACCUCAAACUGGCCAAUAAUGCCGACAAGCAGCAAAGCACACGCAUUAAACAGGUUUUUGAGAAAAAGAACCAGAAGUCGGCGCAGACUAUCCAGCAGCUGCAGAGGAAGCUGGAGCACUAUCAUCGGAAGCUGCGGGAAGUGGAACACAACGGUAUUCCACGCCAACCGAAGGAUGUUCUGCGUGACAUGCAGCAGGGCCUGAAGGAUGUCGGGGCUAAAGUCACAGGCUUCAGUGAAGGUGUGGUGGACAGCGUCAAGGGAGGCCUCUCCAGCUUCUCACAGGCCACCCACUCUGCUGCGGGCGCCGUCGUCUCCAAACCGCGGGAGAUUGCCUCGCUAAUUCGCAACAAAUUCGGCAGCGCUGACAACAUCCCCUCGCUCAAAGACUCUCUGGAAGACCCCUCGGUGGAAGAGGGUGUGACUGUUGCUGGCGGACGUUCUCUGGGCAGUGCUGGACAUCACCUCCAGUCCAGUCCCAAGUAUGGCAGUGAGGAUGACUGCUCGAGUGCUACAUCAGGCUCUGCAGGGGCCAACAGCACCACAGGGGCCCCUGGUGGUCCCCCCAGUUCCAAGGGCAACACACUGGAGAGGAGCCAGAGCUCCAGCCUGGACAUGCUGCUGCAGGAAGUGCAGGAGUUGAGGGAGGGCCAGGCAAGGCUAGAAGAGAGCCUGGACGGCUUGAAGACCCACUAUCAGAGAGACUACACAGUCGUUAUGCAAGCACUGCAGGAGGAACGCUUCAGGUGUGAACGUCUGGAGGAGCAGCUGAAUGACCUGACAGAACUGCACCAGAACGAGAUCCUCAAUCUCAAACAGGAGCUGGCCAGCAUGGAGGAGAAGAUCGCCUACCAGUCCUAUGAGAGAGCCAGAGACAUUCAGGAGGCAUUAGAGGCGUGUCAGACCAGGAUCUCUAAGAUGGAGCUCCAGCAGCAGCAACAGCAGGUCGUCCAGUUGGAGGGGCUGGAAAAUGCCACAGCCCGGACCCUCCUGGGAAAACUUAUCAAUGUGCUACUGGCCCUUAUGGCUGUCCUUCUGGUCUUUGUCUCAACUGUGGCCAACUGUGUGGUCCCCCUGAUGAAGACACGGUCUCGCUCCCUGUCCACCCUCCUCCUCAUCCUCCUCCUGGCCUUCUUGUGGAGAAACUGGGACGCUCUGUCGGGGUACACACACCGCGCUCUGCAGCCCCCAGGAUGACCAGAUUGAAGCCAGCACGUGUUGCUUUGGUGACGCCAGACGAUGUAACUUAUAGCUGCAAUCAUGCAGGGAGCUAGAAGAACGUGAUCGCCAUGAGGAUGGCUGUGUGUCCGCACGCUCCAAAUUCAGCUGAGCUAAUUCGGACACAGCCUGGAUCAAGAUAAAGAGGAAUGAAGAAAGUAAACUUGAGAACAUUCACAUUUAGGGAGGACAAGACUGUUUACAUUUUUUAAUGAACUAUUGUGUUGUUAUCCCUCACAAAAUGCAACAUUGUACUAUUUUUAUCCUUAGACUUUAAUCAAUUAUAAUGUUAUUUCUAAUAAUAUUAUUUUUAUUUUCAAUGUUAUUUUAUUCAGUACCAUGUAGCAUUACGCUCCUCUCACUCUACAUGGUGGGGAGUUUAGUCAGGAAACUGAGCUGAUGAGUCGCCCCAAAGGCCCAGUCUGACUGUAGAGACAUGCAAAUGUGAGAAUGUGGUUGAUUGCCUUUAGGAAGAGAAGUCUGACCCAGCUGUGAUUGGUAGAUUUGAACCAUGGCUGAAAUCUUUCCUGGGAGUUGCUCUUUUCUUGCUGUGAUGAAAUUUGUUGAAAGACUGACCAUGACUUUGGAGCGUCAUGAUGACUAGAGACUUUGUGCUUCCUUACCAUUUCUAAUAGCGAAGAUCACAUGCUUUUAAUUAUUUCCUUUUUAAAGAAAAAGAAGAGAAACAGUCUUCAAUAGGCGAGAUUGUGAAUGAUGCAUAAAGACUUUAGAGGGGGAAAGCCAUGACGGGCUGCUCACCAUAGAAACGGCACAUAAACACACACACACACACACGACAUCUGGCUAUUGUCAAGCAUCUGCCAUACUUGCAGCAUGUAUACAAUGCUGCAUGUUGUCAUUAGGAAAACUACAUAACCAAUUUUGCUUUUAAAAGCAAGGGUCAUUGUCUAAGUAAAAUUGAUUUGCCAGGAUAAAUGUCUCCUCCUGCCAUAUUUGACGUGAUCAGGUUGGGAAAGAGAGACCACUGGUGCUCAUCUGGCUCUUUCUCAGUUGCAUCAGGAAUGCUGCUUCAUAUCUACAGUGAAAGUCGUCUCCACUGCCACGUCAGUCGAAUGCACACCGCUUGUAUGCGAUUUUACUAACACCUCUUCCCUGCGUAUGAUCUCUGUGGCCGUUCCUUUUUUUUUCUACAAGCACUCUUUCUUAAGGUGUGAUCACCCAGUGCCAAACCUUAGCUAACCUUGGGAUGCCUGAGCACCCAAUAGCUGAGAGGACAGACAGAGGAUGUUGCACAGCAGGUCUAUCUUCUUCUCAGAUAUGUCAUGAAUGUCUUGAUGUGACACUUUGGGGGACGUACGUUUUGCAGAGGUAAAGCUAUUCACAAUCUAAAUGUGACCUUGACUCUGAAUCCUCAGUUGUGUGUUUCUGCACCUUGCUUCAUUGAUUAGUGUUCCUUGGCUCCAGUCUUUUUCAUGUUCUCCCUUUCUCAUCUAGUCAAGGACACUACAAGAUGACCUAGCACAUUAAAUAGUCCACCCUGCAUUUCAUGCUGAGAAGCUGAUUUUUCUAACAGAUAGUGUGAUCAUUUGAACUGUACAGCUGCACUUUAGCACACUGCUGGAUGGCACAUAGGUCAUGCUGAGGCUGAAGAAACCUUUGAUAGAGACUUCAAAGGUUGUCCCUCUGUAGACGGGCUCCCUCAGCGGGAAAAGACGAGUUGACUGAGGUCAGGAUCACUGUCAUCCUUGUCUAAAGAUAAAAAAACACCUCUCAAAGUAAUUUCUGCACAGAAUGUGAGUCAACUUGAUAGCACUCAAGUUGAACAUACAAUUAAAGUGGCUGUUAUCAAUCUGUUUCAGAUUUACCAUCAGGUGAACAAGUUGAGAGUGAGCUGACCUUUGACCUUAGCGUGUUUUUGCAGUAACACCUAUGAUGUAAGUUGUGUGCUAAACCACUCCAGUGCCUUCUGAUGUCCUUUUCUAAGUGUGGAAAAAAAUAAAGUGCAUUCCUGACUAA